CCAUCAUCUCAUUCAUUUGAAGUCCCGUGCCAACUUCAUUCGCUGAGCUGCGACGAUGGCGACGACAUUUCCGCUCGACAAGUCGAGGGUGCUCACAGGGGAGGGAGCCCUUGCGGUCGCACCUGCUCCGCCAUCCAACGUCAACACUCUGCCGCGCCUGUUCCAGCAUCAAGCGCAGGCCCAACCUCAGGCCACGGCCUUUUCAUGUCAAGGAAGCGACCACCUCCAAGAACUGACCUACGCCGAGGCUGACGGCGUUGCUCGCGUCGUAGCCGCCCAGCUCGCUGGCCUGCACGGCGGGCGCACCUCGCGUGAUGAGGCGCCAACUGUAGCUAUCUGGCUGGAGAAGGGCAUAUCUCUUCUCCUCUCCAUCCUCGCCACCACCUACAGCGGCGCAACAUUGCCCGCGGGCAGCUUGCAAGUUGUCGAAUUUACCGAGCUCAACGAGACCAGCCACAGCACCGCUUCAGCAGCCCAAGCUGAGGGUCCUCGUCCCAGUGACGCCGCUUACUUGAUCUACACAUCCGGUACUACGGGUACGCCGAAAGGAAUUGCCAUCCCACAUUCUGCUGCCCUGACCUUUGCACUAAGCGAGCGAGCCGUCCUUGAGACCAGCAGCGAUGAUAUCGUCUGGAAUGGCUUCUCUCCUGCCUUUGACAUGUUCGUUGAGGAGAUGUGGGUCACAAUCGCUGGCGGUGGACACCUCGCCAUCGGUACCCGAGAAGAAUGCCGUGACGUGCCCGGCCUACCCGCCAUCUGGACACAACGUGGCGUCACGGUCGUGAAUGCGGUCCCCACUUUGAUUGGCAUCAUGGGGAUUGCCCAAGCAGAUGGGGACUCCAAACUCUUGCCAGCGUGUGUUCGGCUCAUCAAUCUGGGCGGAGAAGCUUGUCCUCCCGCUCUGGUCUCCAAGCUCGCACGUCCCGGCCUGCGGAUCAUCAACACUUAUGGGCCGACAGAGACUACCGUGACGGCUACAUGGGACGAGCUGAUGCCCAGCGCAGCCGUGACUAUCGGUCGCCCCCUCCCAUCGUACCACGCUUGCUUGCUGCCCAUCUCCGAGGACAGCGGACCUGUAUCAGACUUCCCACUCGAGCUCUUCGAAGGCGUUGAAGGCGAGCUUGCGAUCGGCGGUCCCUGCGUCGGAAUAGGCUACGUCGGUCGGCCAGACUUGACGGCGCAGAAGUUCAUUCGGCACCCGCUGGCUCCGCAAGGCUGCGAAGGGGAGCGUCUGUACCGCACAGGCGACCGAGUCAGGCUCACGGCCGAGCUGAAGAUUGCCUUUCUGGGCCGCAUUGAUACCCAAGUGAAGCAUCGCGGCUUCCGCAUUGAGUUGGGGGAGAUUGAGUCACUCCUCUCAGGCCAUAGGGAUGUACAGGCCGCAGCCGUCAUCCUCACCAAUCCAAAUACGGACACCGCCCGACUCGAAGCUUUUGUCGUUACCGCACCUGGUGCGCCGCAGGAUGCCAGCUCGCUCAACGCCUUGGCUGCUGAGCACCUACCUACGUACAUGAGGCCUGAGGAGGUCCACUUCCUCGAGGCGGAUGAGAUGCCGCGUUUACCGAGUGGAAAGAUCAAUGCGAAGGCGCUGCAUGAUGUGGCUGCUCGCAAAGCUGAGGAGGCCGCCGCUUCCAAGGUAGUUGCAAUCGAUGAAACCGACGUCACGGACAAUGACGUAGAUCCCUCGACUCCUCUGGGUAUCCUCCUCACCACAAUGGCCACAGUCUUCCCUUCAGCAGGGCGUGUUUGCCCCACCGCCGACUUCUUCAUCGACCUAGGUGGACACUCGCUCCUCGCAGCCAUCCUUGUCUCCAAGCUCCGCCAAGCCAAGAGCGAAGGAGGCGACGCGCCGUACGCCUCCAUCGGCCUGCCGGAUAUCUACGAAGCUCGCACUCCACUCGCUAUUGCCGCGCGCUUCUCAGCCGGCGACGACGAUGCUUGCAGUUCAGAAGAUGCUACGGUCACUGGAGAGCCAGAAGACCAGCUCCUCACCGAAGGCACGGGUCCCACAACAGGCAGUCACUGGCCCGUCUCCCCGCGCAACUUCGUCCUCUGCGGCAUUGCUCAAGUCGUUCCGCUCCUCUUCUUGUUUUUCCUCAUGUCCCUCGAAAUCUUGGUACCCUACCUCAUCUUCGACUACAUUCUUCACAUACGUGGGGUUGGCUGGGCGAUCCUAGUCACGUACGGCGUCUUUGUCUCCGCUCCCGUACUGCUCGGCGUAGUCGCCGUCAUCGGCAAGUGGAUGGCCCUGGGUCGAGCAAAGGAAGGGGAGUACCCUCUUUACGGAGUCUAUUACUUCAGGUGGUGGCUUGCGGAUCGAUUUGCCAACUUGGCAAACACAAAAAUUCUGGCCGAAUCGGCCUUGUACCCGCACUUCCUCCGCGCUAUGGGCGCGAAGGUUGGGAGCUACACACAUCUCGGCGCGAUGGCAAUUGGUGCAGCGGCUGACCUGGUCGAGAUAGGCGACGAUGUCGUCAUUGGGUCGGACGUGGUGCUCAUGACCAGUGUGGUCGAACGUGGUCGCCUCAUUCUCAAGAAGGUGAUUAUCGAAUCCGACGCCAUCAUCGGCUCCAACUCGGUCAUCGAAGGCGGCGCCACCCUCUGCGAAGGGGCAGAGCUCGGUGCCCUAUCCAUGGUUCCCGAUGGGAUGCGGGUUCCAGCCUUCCAGCGAUACCACGGCUCUCCCGCUCGAUUCGACCGCGAGAUUAAGGAAGGUGAAGCAGCGCAAGGCAAAACCUCUCGCCCUUCCAGAGCGCGGGCAUUCGCCAUGCUGCUCGGCAACGCCUUCAUCGUUGUCUUCGUCCUGCCGCUCCUCUACUACAUGCCGCAGAUCCCCGGUCUAAUGCUCUUCGACCUCGUUGAUCUGAGCGACAUUGGCAUGUGGGGGCAAGUAGCCGUGCUCUCCAUCCCGAUCGCCUUCGCCUACCAGAUAAUCGUCUACGUGCAGCUCAUUGCCUUCCGCUGGCUGUUUCUCGGCGGUAGAUUGCGCGAGGGCACAUACCGCGUCUACUCUACGUGGUACCUGCGUAAGUGGUUCGUCGACCGUAUCAUGGACUUGGCGCUUGAUGUCCUCCAUCCAGUGUUCGCCACGUUGUACAUCGUGCCUUUCUUGAGGCUGCUCGGCGUCAAGGUGGGUAGAAGAGCGGAGGUGUCUACUGCGAGAGGGCUGCAAUUCGAGCUGCUCGAGAUUGGAGAUGAGAGCUUCGUUGCUGACGCGGUCCUCAUGGGCGACACGAUCGUGCGGGGCAACGAGUUGACGCUCAAGAAGACGAAGCUGGAGAGCAGGGCGUUCGCAGGCAACGCCUCGCUCCUGCCGCAAGGCACCGUCCUCCCUACCGGUUCUCUCGUUGGCGUACUGUCCAUCGCCCCUCCGCUGGACAAGCCCCUGGAGAGAGACACCUCCUGCUUCGGCUCGCCUCCCGUGCUCAUGCCCGCCCGCCAAAAGGAGGAAGGAACAGGCGACGCCUCUCUCCUCUUCAACCCUUCCCGCGGCCGCAUCGCCAUCCGUCUCCUUAUCGAAGGCCUCCGCAUCGUGCUUCCCCGCGCAAUCAUCAUCUUCGGCCUCGGUUUCUCCCUCAACAUCGCCUAUACAGGAUACCACGGUAUCGGCGCCGUCUACACGCUGUUGAUGUUGCCCCUCUUCUACCUCUUCAUGAUUGCACUCCCCUCGAUGCUCUUCACGAUCGCGCUCAAGUGGCUGCUGAUCGGGGACUACCGCAAGAAGGAGACCAAGUGGCCGCUCUGGAGCCUCAACGUUUGGCUGAGCGAGGCAGUCACUUCGACUUGGGAGACGAUCGCGGAGCCCUUUCUUGCUCAGUUACUCGUCGGUACACCGUACUUAGCGUGGUUCUUCCGAGCAUUGGGCGUCUCCGUCGGCAAGAGGGUUACGCUCCUCUCCUCGGACAUCACCGAGUACGACCUUGUCUCCCUUGGAGAUGAGGCUGUCAUUAAUCAGCACGCCGGACCGCAGACGCACCUGUUCCACGAUAGAAUCAUGCAGCUGGGCACGGUCAAGUUGAGCGAGAGGGCGGUGAUGAAGCCGUACUCCAUCUGCUUGCCAGGGAGCGAAAUCGAGGCGAGUGCGCAUCUUGGUAGCCUGUCGCUGCUGAUGAAGGGUGAGAAGCUGCCCGAGGGCACGGCAUGGGAGGGCGCUCCUACGAGGCCUCGGAGCAGAAGGAAGAGGGCACCGGCGGGUGCAGCGAAAAUGGGCAAGAGCGCGCCAUCCUCGUCAUCUUCGUCGACCGCGUCGAAGAGAGGCAGACCUCUCUUUGAGCUUGGCACUUUGCCCUUUACAUCAUCAAAGUCGCGUACCGUCACCACGCUGCCGAUGACGAACGUCUCGACGGCGGCCAGCAGCCUGCGAGCGACUAGCCAUGAGCGUUACGCCAGCGAAGGCUCUGCUUAG